AUGUCUUCACCAAAGGACUUAUCAAAAACAACUCCCCCUGAACCUGCAACUACCACCAUUCCAACCAAGAUCAGUUUCUACCGCUCAACCCUCUUCCAGAUUCUCGUAGUAGGAAUAUGUGCCUUCUGCGCGCCUGGGAUAUGGAGUGCUAUGAAUGGCCUCGGCGUAGGCGGUUCUCAAUCCCCUGACCUAGUCAACGCUGCGAAUGCCAUUCUAUACGCCUUCAUGACACUGACAUGUUUCGCGGGGCCCUGGUUAACCAACAUCAUCGGCUUCAAGUACACACUCGCAAUCGGAACCCUAGGUUACCCCCUAUACGCCGCAGGCCUGUAUGUCAACAAUCGCUUCGGCUCCACCUGGUUCGUCUACGUCGGCGCUGUGGCAUGUGGUAUAUCAGCCGGCUUCUUCUGGAGCGUAGAGGGUGCCAUCGCAACGGGUUAUCCCGAGUCUCACAAAAGAGGUCGCUACAUCGCGACGUGGUUCACCUUCCGCAACUUUGGCAACAUCAUCGGCGGUGCAGUCUCCCUGGGAAUCAACCACAAGAUCAACCAGCGCGGGAAAGUAGGCUACCAGACGUACUGGGGCUUCAUCGCUAUCCAGUGCCUCGGUUUCUUCUUCGGUCUCCUGCUCUCCAACCCUGAGAAAGUGGUCCGCGACGAUGGGACCCGCAUCGCAGCACCCCGUGGGAUUCAAUGGAAGGUCGAGGGCAAGGAGAUGUGGCGUCUCCUCAAGAGCAGAUCCAUCCUCCUCCUCACACCCUUAUUCUGGUAUUUCGGCUGGAUCCAAGCGUACCCAGGCACAUACCUCGCGACCUACUUCACCGUCCGCUCCCGAGCCCUGGGAAGCUUCAUGUCGGCCGUAGUCGGCACGCUCGCGACCUGGCUCGGCGGCUCCCUCGUCGACCUCCCAUGGCACAAGAGCAGACAGGUACGCGCCGUCUCCACCUUCAUCCUCAUCGCGGCGCUCAACAGCGCGACCUGGAUCUGGGCCGUCUACAUCCAGAACGAAUACCACCGCACCAAGCCGACGCUCGAUUGGGGCCACCAGGCGUCGUUUGGUCGCGGCUUCGGCGUAUAUCUCUUCGAGCGUAUCUCCCUCGGCAUGGUCGAGAACUAUAUCUACUGGUGCAUCGGUAACCUGUCGGAUUCGCCGGGCGAUCAGAUCAGAUAUAGUUCGCUGCUCAGGGGUAUCGAGACUGCGGGCGUGGCGGUGGGAUUCGGUGUCCAGGCCGUGCCAACGAAACUCAUCGCUACCGCGAGUAUCAAUUGCGGGCUGUGGUUCUUUGCGUUGCCGUUUAGCUAUUAUGCUACCUUGCAAGUUGUGGAGAAGUUCAACGAGAUCGAUCGGGAGAGGGAGAGGGCGCGAGAGACGAGCCCUGUGAGCGCUGCAAAGUAG